GCUGGUCAGCGUAAUGAGUGACGUAAGCGUCGUUUACAUGCUGUCAGGCUGGUUGUGAGAGAUCUCCAGCAUUCCAGCCAUGAUAAGAGCCAGCUGCACGGGGUUACUGCGUGGCAUUCCACGGGGCUUGCUCUGACUGUGCUCUAACACAGCAGGUCUCCAUCCUCUCUAUCAGCUAUCGUCAGUCUGUGACCAGCCACUAACAAGACCUGAGCAGUGAACUAGGAUGGACAAGCGUAUCGUAGAAGGCUUUGUGUCUGAAUUUGUUCUACGGCUGUUGCUCCUUGGAAUAUUCCUGAUAACAGAAAUGAUGCACCCCUUUCAUCGAGUGAUUCAACCAGAGGAAAUGUGGCUUUACAGAAACCCGUAUGUGGUAUCUGAUCGUGUCCCCACUAACAGCAUGUUUUUGAUCUCCUUUCUGACACCCCUUUCAGUGGUGAUUCUGGCACGUAUUUGCCGCCAAGCGGAUCAUACGGAUACACGAGAAGCCAGCCUUGCUGCCAGUCUCUCUCUCGCAUUAAAUGGCAUCUUCACCAAUACCAUAAAACUCAUCGUUGGGAGGCCUCGACCAGACUUCUUAUAUCGCUGUUUUCCAGACGGACAGGAAUCACCAGGUUUACACUGUACAGGUGACCCGGAGCUAAUAAUCGAAGGGAGGAAGAGUUUUCCAAGUGGACAUUCGUCAUUUGCGUUUGCGGGACUGGGAUUCACGUCUCUGUACAUUGCUGGAAAGCUUCAUUGUUUCUCUCCUUGUGGCCGUGGACACUCAUGGAGACUAUGCACAGUCCUGGCACCAUUGCUGUGUGCUAUAGCCAUUGCAUUGUCCCGUACCUGUGACUACAAACAUCACUGGCAAGAUGUGGUGAUUGGUGCAAUUAUUGGACUUUUAUUUGCCUGCCUUUGCUACAGACAGUAUUAUCCUCCUCUGACUGAUAGAGACUGUCACAAGCCAUACAGGCACAAAGGGCGGCUUUCGGGGGCACAGGAGAGGAAACUGAGCACUGCUGGAUAUGCCCUAGAUGUAUGAUAAUCUGGUUGAAAAGGGGUGAAAUCAGUCUGAAUGGACAAUAAAUAACUCUUAUGGACCACAACCAUUUCUUUUCUGCCAUAGUAUACAGCUGGCCUCUUGCAUUGAAGGGGUAACGCCACUUUCUUAGAAGGACAUAUGUAUAUAACCAUGUAAUUUUAAAUGAUUGUCGUGUUACACAUUUGUCACUUUUAUUUUUUAUUUUUUUAUAAAAUUGAAGGAUAUUCCUUUUUAAGGAACAGAUUCAGUGUUCAUUGCAAUUUGGAUUACUUUUAGUCUGAGAAUGUUUUGUAUUCUGUCCUUUACAAUAAAUGUACAUAAAUAUAGACUCGGCUAGUGCUGGGUUUGUUUACACCACAACUGUAUUUCAACCUAAAGCAGAGAAAAAAUAAAAAUGUUAAUGCUCCAUUUUGCAGCU